AUGUCCUACAACCCCGUUCCAAACAAUGAUCCCGGCUUUGUCUCCAGAACCAAAGCUGAGGACGAUUUCAAACCUGUUCCAAGCAAUGAUCCCGGCUUUGUAAAUCUUUCAUCCCAACGUCCCGUUGAUUCUGCAUUUUCUCCAGAGACCUUUGCGCAAGCCUACUCCAAGGGGUUCUCGGAGGGUUUCCUACAGGGCGUUUUGAAGGGAGCUAGUGGGGAGAUCCAGAAGGCUUUGGAACUUUCCAAGUCUGGAUUUAAUGCAGGAGGAUUUCAGUCCGGUGGUUUGCAGUCCGAUGGUUUUCAGUCCGGUGGUUUUGAACAGAACAAGGGCUUUCAGUCUGGCUUUCAGUCCGGCGGUUUCCAGUCCGCUGGUUUUGAGCAGGAGAAAGCUGCUCAACAGGGCGAGGAUCUGUAA